UACAAGCGAGCGCGGGCGGCGGUCCGCGCGGCGUGCGGAGCCAGUUUACCGUUGCGAGGCGCGUCGUGCGGCCGGACCCUACAGCGCAGCCGGCACCUGGCCCGGCCUCCGCACCACCCCGUGCCCCAGCCUCCCCGGAUGCGCCCCGUCCGCCUGACGCAAGUUUUGUUUUGACGGUGGUCGGUGGACUGUUCCCCGACCGAGAGACCAAGUGCUCGUGUUACACUCAAGUGCUAAUCCCGUUCUGGUUGUUUAUUGGAUCGCCCGUACGUCGUUGCCACAUAGAUUUCACAUUCCAUCGGACCCGGUUCACCGAAGAUAAUGGCUAAUAUUUCGACCGACAUCGAAGACAAAUAUUGAAAAUAUUAGCCGUAGCACAGAGCAAUCGUCGCUAUAAAUAAUGGGAAAAAGUAACGUUCGGAUCAAGUCUGCGCACUCGAUUGGUCCACCCAUUACUGAGAGCAUAUUAGCUACUUUUGAGUAGCCGUAAGACACAUCCGUAGCACGAGAAGUUACCUACGCUUGAGCGACUGCCAAUAAAGUACAAGUCACGUCAGGUUCACCUGUUUAAAAUAAGAUUUUUAACCUUAGUACAAAACUCAACACGCAAGAAAACUACUUGAUGUAAUCGGAAUAGAUGCCGAGUCCAAAGUACUCGCCAAUAAUAAUAUUCAAAAGGUAGUCAUGACGGCCACUGCUCCUGAACUAUCGAAGUCCGAUUUCUUUGAUUUUGUUACAUCGAAUGAAAUAACUGACGCUCAAUAUAAACAGCAAAUGAGAUCUGUCAAUGUAUUCAUGGAAUCGCCCGACUCGAGGUCUAAUCCUUUGCUGUCUGAAGAACCUAAGGAACAGAAUAAUAACAGCUUACUGAGUGUGACCGGUGGUCAGACAUCUGCUAACAUGACCGCUGCUACGAGUUCGAAUACCCUCCAGAGUUUCGACUCCAUAUGGAACGUCGAUCGAGAAAGGGAUCGGUUGGAAACUUCGAUGCUCGAAGAUCUAAACAAAUUUUACUGGAACCAAGACACUGAAAUAAAUGGUACGCAUCCAUGUACAGACACAGCAAUUUCAAACAAGCUAAUAAGUAAUAAUACUGAUGGACAAAUAUAUACUUUAACGGUUCUCAAUCAUGACAUUGAUGAAUCGAAUUCAAAUCGUUAUUGGGGAAAAGAAGAGGACGUGUCUAUAUCCAGUCCUACUGAUAUAGAACCUACUCCUUCGUUAGACCUCGAAUCCAUACUGAAUAUGAACGGUUUCCCCAAUGAUUUUAGCCAAGACUCUCUAAAUUCAAACAUAUUACCAAAAGUGGAAAGUUUUAACUAUGAAGAUCGUGACUCUGAAAAUCAAACGUCGGAGCUUAAUUCAAACAUUUUGGUAAAAGUUGAGCCAUUCAAUUUUGAAGAUAAUGAAUUCGUAAGUAGCGAUAAGAAAGAUGAUGUCACACGGCCGAUUAUUGCUACGCCUACUCUAUUGGAUGGACAAGUAGAAUUUAAUAACAAUAAUAACGAUUGGAAAUUAACUGAUCAAAAUAGUGAAUCUAAUGAAUCUUUAUUAAGAAGUGCGCUCCAAGGAAAGGCCUUCAUUCGAUAUAGUACAAUUCAGAAAAAUACUGUAAGCAAAUUUGAUGGCGAAGCAGAGCUAAAAAGGGUAAUAAUAAAUAACAAUAAUAAGGCGGACGUACCAUCAAUGUACGCCGACAAUAAAGAAUCAGACAUGCUAAUGGCAAUCGGCCCGCCGAACGGCAAUGUAAACAUUUCAAUACUUUUAGAUGACCACACUGCCACCGUAGUCGCAAACGGGGAAAACCCAACAUCGACACAAAGCGUGGAUGAUAUAAUUUUGUCACAGUUGGACGCUAGCUACCCUGACGAUUACGAGAAAUUAAAACGGAUAGCGACAGAGUUGGGUGAAUCUGUCCAACCGUUCUGUACGGUUGAGCCAAUAGAUCCUACACGCAGCGUGUAUAACAUCCACCACGUCAACGGAGAGCUAGUGACUAUGAUACCAGCGGGCGAAGUUCAACUACCGCAACAUCUUCAGAUAGUUACAGCAUCACCGACUGUAACGAGUACAAAAUCAGUCAGUAAGAAAUACAAAAGAAUACAGAAUAAAAACUCUCCGCCCACAUCCCAAACACAAUCGGGGACGGCCGUCCAAGCCGCUACUUCCACGUCAAACGGCGUAAGGAAAGAAAGAUCUUUACAUUACUGCUCCAUAUGCUCCAAAGGCUUUAAGGACAAAUACUCAGUAAACGUUCACGUAAGAACGCAUACAGGCGAGAAACCUUUUACUUGCUCUCUCUGUGGUAAGAGUUUUCGACAAAAAGCGCAUCUCGCAAAGCAUUAUCAAACACAUAUUGCGCAAAAAAGUGCCGCGGCCAACGGAGCCUCCAAGCCCGCGAAGCAGAGGUAACCACAUGAAUUCCAAAAACUAUAUUUCGUUUAAAUCCAUAGACCAUAGUCAAUUGAACUGUGUGACUGAUCGCGAGUGUAUUUUUUGAACACGGAAAGGCUGAAAUAUUACAGAAGAAUUUGGUAAGGUGCUAAAUAAAUAAGUAGAGUAAGGCAAGUGAAACAAAAAGUGACAGAAUUUAUCGGUCGAAUUAUUCUUGUUAAUUUGUAUGUAAUUUCACCCGUUACCGAUUUCUUUUAGCUUUAGCUAGAGUAGACAAAUACUGUUAAGACUUUAAUUACGAGAUUAUUUUAAACUGUACAUUCCAUACUCAUAAGUCAUAAACGUCUUGUAUAGAAUAAUACAUUUAUAGAGUAUUUCCAUGAGCGCUACAUUGCCGUUUUUUGUCCAAUAGGAAUCGGCUUUACACGUCAUAUACGAGGCUACUAUAACGCUGCUCUUUCUAUCAUUAAAUUGAGUUAUCAAAUAAGUACUCAACAAUGAUGAGCAGCUUUAGGAUUACUUAUUGCUCGCCGCACAGUAAUUUCACUCGCAGCGUGUCCGACUAAACUUUCUAAAAUUAUGAAAAAAAAAAACAGAGUAAAAGAACGAGCAUUCAGUACCAGCUAUCUUUCACCGCUCAACUAUCGUACACCGCUUCGCUCAAAUUGGUUGUUUUUUUCCUCAUAUUGACUAGUAAAUAAUUGCACUUGCGCUUUCGUAAGCGCUUCCUGUGAAUGAGUAUUUUUACAGUAGAAGAAGAAACAGUUUAAUCUUAAAGUUGUAAUGUCUUUCUCGGGAUUAAAAAAAAAUUAAUCGUGAUAUACACCUAUCGGCUCGGUGAAGGGCAUCGUGGUACCAAUAUUAAAUAUUUUCCCCGAUAUCGGGAGAAGCUUGAUUGCACCAGAUUGCUAUAAAUUCCAAGUACGUAGUUUCAAUCGCAGUGUUUAAAAUUGUGCUCCCUUUCUCAUCUAACAAAUUGGCCUUUCUUUGUUACGAUCGUGCACCUAUAUAAAUACACAAGCGUGUCGGACUAUUAUCGAAGAUAACUUUUCUAAGCAACAGAUCACCGGACCGACCGGACUUUCGCCACUCGCAGAUACAAAGAGAUCGUUAACAUGUCGAUACAAAAUGCGAAAACGUUCCGCGGAGGUGAUUCAAUAAAACAAUUUGUAUUCGGUCCAGUUUAAUUAUCAGAUAACAAAGCACGCUGCGCUAAAAUAAUUUAAAUAAAUCGAUCUGCGCGACCUUCUUAACCGGAAACGUGGGGCUUUUUAUAAUAGGUAUUGAAUCGUGACACUGCAAUAAUUAUAUCGCCGCGAGUCGGUGCCGACUGCCGACCUAAUCAUAUUACCUAGAUUCGUUCUCGCCUAACGAUUAUUGUUCGAAAAUUCUACUUCAUUUUAGCGGGAAUUUAUCACUGUUCAUUCGAAGCCUUAUUGGGGGGAUAAUUUUCUACAAUACUCUCUCCUCUGAUAUUAUAAUUGCCCUCGACUCGGUCGAUCCCGGACUUUCGCAGCGGUGCUACGGUGGAGCGGCGGUGCGAAGUUUUUUCUAAUUUGUAGAAAUUUUGUAGCUCAAACAUUCCUAGGCCUGCAUUUAUACAUCGAAAGCGUUCGAUCGAUGUUCUUAUUAUUGUUAAGUUAUGCAAACCUACGAUCGUUGUUGCUCAUUGAGGACAACGAAUUUUUUCUACAUUUUAUCAACAAAAACACUAAGCUUACUAGCUAGCGUAGAUCUUUUAGCCGGUCAGAGUAUUCGAUUGUAAAAAUAAACUAAAAUAUGUCCAAGUAUUUGUAGUAUAUUUUAAUCGUUAAUACCUCAAGUGAUCAGUGUACUUCUCUUGCCAAGACAAUACUGAUAGAUCCUAAAUACUAAACGAACACUGCCUUAAAAUGUUAUCGUUUGACUGAGAGUUUAAUUUAUACCUUAGUGUGGAAUGUUUUCAUUUCCUACGAGUGAGCGAAGGAGUUUUCUCAAUAUUAUUUGUAUUCGCUUCGAAAUAAAUAAAAUAUUCUUAGAGAAUUCCUUAAUAAUAUAACAAUACUCAUUAUUUUGUAAAUAUAUGACGAACGAAUUCAUGAAAUUGUUUAAUUUGUGUCGUAAAUUUAUCUCUACCACUUGUAUCUCAUUAGAUGAUAUUGUGUAAAAUGUUAGCGAAUUUAUAGGUGUUACUAGCGAUAAGAUUUUUGAGAGAUUUACCAGUUAGUUGUAAGAACUAGGGCUACCUUAAUAUAACGUCGUAAUGUUCGUAAGCGUACUCGUGUAUUAUAAUAAUUUAUAUUUGAAUCUGCGUACUUUUUCUGAAAAAGUCUAUCCGUUCGAACGAUUAAUAUUGCAUUUGUUCCUGAGUUGAGUUUUAGAUUUUAUUGAUAAUUUUUGUUCGUAAGAUUUCUAUUCGUAGCUAAUGUAAGAGUAAUUUAACCUUAUACGUAGCGUAGUAGAGCCGGAGCUGAGGACGACGAGCCGCCCGGGUGUUCGCUCCACUAGCAAGUUAAACUCUUCCGAGGUGGCCGAUAUCUUGUAAAUAUUUAAGUAUUUAUUUGAAAAUUUAAAUCGUUGCUCAAUAUUUUAUUGCAAAAUUGUGUAAAAAUUGUCGAACGAUACGAUUUCGAAGCCGUCCUGUACAAUAUUAAUAUUAUUUAUUUAUAGAAUUACGAUUAGGUGAGAAGGAAAACACAAACGUACUUUAAUUAUUUGAGUAACCCGAGCUGUGAUUUUUAUGUAUGUCUGUUUAACGCAGCGUCAGUUGAAUGCGAGCGAGGUCCUCGUAGUGUGCUCGGUGCGGGCUCGUUCCACCGACAACCAAGUCUUCCAAUUGAUCGAUAUUAUUUAUAUGCAAAUUUUUUUCAAAAUAGAGUUUGAAGGAUCAUUAUUAUUAAGGAAUAAUGGCUCAGUAAAAGCACAUUAUAAAAAUACUCAACAAGUGGAUGUUACAACGAGCACAAUGAGAGGCAGGACGCUAGCGCGGACGGCGGCGCACGCGCACUCCGCACCUACAUUCAAUUGAACUGUACUUUAAAAAUCUAUGUAACAUUAUGAAAUUAUAGCUACCAUACUUUUUACAACAUUUACAGUUUUGUAUUGAAUUUUUAUAUUUUUUUAA